UUAGUAGCCACUCUCAGCGCAGCAGUUUCGCCGGAAUACGGGUGGGGAAAAAAAUAAUAAGUCUUUAAUCGGCCCGUGAUGUGAAAGUGACCAGAACAGUUAGAGACACUGACAGACGCAUUGCUGUAGUUUUCGAGCCCGCGUUCCUCUCGGGCAGUGGAGCUGGACAUGGAGCUUUACUCAGAGGCGCUGCAGUACCUCGCAUCCCAUGGUCUACCUGCGGAGGAAGAGGAUGAGGAGGAGGAGGCUGUAGAUUCAGACCUGUUGCAGGACGUGUUCAGUGAUGACACAGGCUGGGUUUCUAACAGCACUGAGGUCCCAGGUCUUCCAGACACACCGACCUACAGAAGCCCAGAGGACAUGCUGGAGAAGAGGCUGCUGUUGCUCAGAGAGAUUUUAAUCAGUGAAGAGGUCUACCUGUCUGAACUGGAGACACUGCUCACGCCUAUGAAGGCUCUGAGGGCCUCAGCUGGUACGUCUCAGCCCGUGUUGUCUAUAGAGCAGGUCCAGACAGUGUUCUACCAGCUGCCGGAGCUCAGAGAUCUCCAUAGAGAGUUCCACAGCGGCCUCAGGGCCAGACUGCAGUCUGUGGACAUGGAACCAGGUAUACCUGUCCAGUUACAGCACAGAGACCCUCAGCUGUCUGUGGGAGACCUCUUCCUGAAGUUUGUGAGCCAGUUAGGACUGUAUAGAGGGUUCAUCGAUAAUUACGAGAGUGCGGUUCAGAUUGUGAGGAAGAGCACCCAGUCAAACCCACGAUUCCGAGUCCUUGCCGAGAGCAUGAUGUACACUAAAGGGUCAGACAGCUUCAGAACUAAGUACACCUUUGAAGCUCUCCUCUACAAGCCUCUGGACCGGGUGACGAAGACCACUUUAGUGUUGCAUGAUCUUCUGAAACACACACCAGGUGAUCACCAUGACAGUACACUGCUACAGGAAGCUCUCCGUGUCUCCAGCAGUUUCCUGUCUGGGGUCAAUGAGGGGUCACAGCAGAAGAGAGCUGUCACUCUCAGCAGAGGAGAGAGACGGCAGCUAGCGCGUGAUGGUUUUGUGGUGGAUGUCUGUGAGGGUGGACGGAACCUCAGACACCUGUUUCUUUACACAGACCUACUGCUAUGUGUGAAACUGAAGGGUGGGACUAUGGGGAGGCAGCUUCACUACAGGUUUUGUUGGUAUAUGCCACUAGCGGGAUUAAAGAUGCACUGGGCGGAAGAGCAGGACCCAUCAGCUGACCUUCAGCUUAAAAUCAGUAACAUGAGAGCAAAGAUGUUUCACUGCAAGCGCAUGCUUCAGGAGUAUAUGAGAGAGAGUAAAGGGUCUGUUUCUCGUGCUGCUGAUCGCUGUAGAAGGAAGCUUGAAACCUGUGAGCUUUGGCUUCUCACACACACACCUUCUUUCAUCUUAGAGUUACAUAGCCCAAACAGCAAGAGUCACAUAAUCCAUUUAUCUUCUCUACAUGAGCUUGAUGAGUGGAGAGAGGCAAUAAACAAACUCAAAACAGAGGACCUUGAGACUGUGCUGCCGGAUUUACUCUCUCUAGCCAACUCUUGUGUCAAACUGAGAAUGACUCAACAGCCACCUCUUUGCUGCCUUCAGCCUGAAGAGGCGAAUAGCAUUUGUGGGAGCCUGUGUGUGGUUGUGCAUUCGGCCUGUGGUCUACAGCAGCCUGCAAGUGUCUAUGUGUGUGUUGAAGUUGAUGGCUUUGAGAUUUUUGACAGAAAGGCACAGACGUGUCUCUCCUCUUACAGUUUGACACCGCAGUGGGACCAGGAGUUGGUGCUUCAGGUGGAUGGAGCUCGGCAUCUGCGACUGCUGUGUCUCUCUCAGUCUCAGGAGGAUAUCAUGGGCAGAGCAACAUUAGAGUUACAUUCUGUUGAUAUGCUAAAGAAGUGGAAGAAAAUGACCUUGAAUUUGGGCCUGAUAGAGGUGAUCAUAUCAAUUAAAUACACACCCCACCCCCUGGAGCCACCUAGCUUCACUCCACUCCAGCAGAAGCCUGUUUUCUCUGUGCUAAUUGGAGAUGUAGCAAGACAGGAGGGUGUGCUGGUGCCUCAUAUAGUGCGCUCCUGCGUGGAGGAGAUUGAGAGGAGAGGGCUAGAAGAGGAGGGCAUCUACAGAAUCUCAGGAGCUAGCAGGGAGAUUCAAGCUCUCAAACAUGCAUUUGACACCAAUUACUGGGAGGCUGUAAGUAAGGUGAGAAGUAUGGAUGUGAAUGCAGUGUCUGGAACCCUCAAGCUGUACUUCAGAGAACUCCCUGAGCCUCUCAUUCCUACUGACCAUUUCCAGAGUCUAUCCAAAGCGCUGGACCUGGCUGACCCGUACCUCAGAGCCGAAAUCAUGCUGUCUGAGCUACAGUCCUUCCCUGACGUCAACCGCAACACUCUUCUCUUCCUAUUACAUCACCUCAAACGGGUUGCAAAGAAAGCGGAACAGAAUAAGAUGUCUCUCAGUAAUCUGGCCACAGUGUUUGGCCCCAGUCUCUUGCGCCCCCCAGUGGCCAGUCUUAAUCAUUGUGGCCCACCAGUGGACAUCUCUCAGGAGGUCGAAGUUCAGGUCCAAGUAAUCUACCUCUACCUCCAGAAUCAGAAUCUUCCAGAAGCUGUCACUACCAAACUGCUAGAAACAGAGGAAGAACCAUGACAGUGUUCCUUAGUGAUGAGAUCAGCAAACAGUGUUUCAUCCCAUUGCUGGAUUCCAGCAGGAAUCCAUGAGGGCCAUUGUGGUGGGUAGGAUGGUACUAUGCUGAUACAGUGCGAAGCUAGCCAAUGGAGGAUGUCUCUUAGGUUAUGUAUACAGAACUGAACAUUUAGCCGUUGGAUACACAGACAACUUGUGUUGGCCCACACCCUUUGACUUUAAAGGUCGGUAGCUAUUGUACAUCAAGAGAUCUAGCUAGUGGGUAGGAAUUGGCUGUGCCUAAAAUGUGGCAAAAAUACUAUUGAUUUUCUCUUGAAUUGAUGUGAAAUAAGAAUCUGUAUCCUGUAUAUUUAUUUUAUUUAUAAAAUAAAAUAUAUACUUUCAUAAAAGUAAUUGCAAUGACUAAUGAUUGAUGCUGGACAGGGCCAGCAGAGCAAGUGUUAUGAAAAGACAGAGUAGUGGGUGUGUAUGUGUUCUUUGUAGCGCUGCUAACCAGGGCGUUGACUCUCCUGGAGUCUUCUGGGAGGCUGCAAGGUGAGAACUGCAGUGCAGAGCCUUUGUCCAGCUCAUAUACACGUCCGAGUCACCAAUAACUUUUCUAUGCAAGUCUCCCCCCACUAUCCAAACAAAUCAAUCUGUCACGGUUCAGCUUCAACAAGGCCAGGUUUAGCAUCAUGUGUAGCAGCACUUCAAAGACUUCUGCAGGGGAUACACACACAUGCACACAACAUCAUCUGCACUGAUCAAGCUCUGCCCAUACAACUGAGUGUUGCCUUUCACCCCCUACACACCACCUGGUCAGAGUGGCCUACCCUCUCUGUCGCCCUUCAGUUACAGCUUUGAUCCCUAAUCCUGACUCUCUCGCUCCCAGCAUUCCAAAGAGCCAGACAGGGGAAAAGCCCUUCGGUGUCAGAUGUGCACAGAAACGCAGUCCAGACAUUGUCACGGUAACAAAGAGCCGGGAUCGUAAAUCAGAAGUACCACGCUCAAUCAUUCAGCAGCAAAAUGCUGAAUACAGGCACAGCGUGAGCAAUAUGAGAGGACCUUGCCAUUAGAAAGCAGAGAAAGGAAACUGACAAUAUGAGUAAAAAAGCUGAAGGACUUUCAUUAUGGACCUGGCUUUUCCUUCAUAGAGCUCAAAGCGUUCUGCUUUAAAUAAGAUCAUAUAGCAGCAGAUAGAAAAAAACAGGAUUUAUCUCAUGAAAUUAGAACUUGUUAUUUUCAUCUAGAAGAACAGUGUGUGUGGGUCACUGUGUCUGAUGGGCAUGUGUCUCUGCUAGUGUUCAACGUAACCUUUCAGUGAAUUAAUUCACACUGUGAAUAGAAAAUAGGAACUCCUGUGUUAAACAGUUUCUGCAAACGUUAAGUGCAAACAGGCUGCAGAAUUUGCAGGAACAAACAUCUUUGGCAGAACAAAGCAGUCAAGUCACUGAACUUCUGUGGUGAACUUCUGUGAUGUAAAAAAAUGCACUGGUCUUUAGGGCCACCAAGCCAGUGAAUCUUGAAAAAAAGAAAUAUUUAUAAGAAAUCUUUACAUUGCAAUAAACAUUGCCAUUAUUUUGGUCCCACCUGCCGAGCUGGUCUGCCCUGACCUUAUCCUGUAUGGGUUAUUUUAUUAGAUCUGUUUAGCCACACCAGCUUAUUUAAAACCUUAUUUUAUUUAAGGUCUUAUUUGUAGAGUGAUUUUAGCAGACUUUAGCCAUUGGAACAGUUUCUAGCUGCUGAGCAGAAGGGACAUUCAUGGUCACCACACCACUGCGUUAGCUAUUACGGUGGCUACAGUUAAUACAUUUUGUCAAAAAAAAUCUCCAAGGCAAGUGACCAUUCAGGCCACAGGCUCUGCAUUUUUAUUGGCCAAAAUGUGAAAUGCUCUGGCCAGGGGCACCAGGCAAUAGGCACUGUCAACUCCUACUGAACUUACUGUACCAACUGAGUAGUUUUUUUUCUGGAAGACAUUCUGCUUUCAAUGUUUUCUUGUACAUUGUUUUUUGUUCUAAGGUAAUUAAUUACUGCAACACUACCCAUUUUGAGGUGUAAGUUUGUACACUAGGAUAUGGUGAGCCACAGAUGGCACUGUUUUUAUUGGAGCUAAUGUGGAGGUGUCUUGUUGCCAUGGAUGCAAUGUGUUCGUACGAGAGGCAUUCAUGCUAGGGAUCAACUGGAUUGACCUCCUCACUCUCGGGUUAACAGAAGCCGCGUGUGUAUCUGGUUCCCUGGGCCAAUGUCUGUGUGUAUGUGUGUGUGCUCAUAAGACAGAGUGUCUGUUUGAGCAAAAGUUUUUGUUUUUGAAACACUGUGGGAAAGCCUUCAUGGCAUGCUGAGGUUUAACUUAUGGUGUCAGUGUUCAGCCUGACCAGAGAGAAGGAGAGUUAGAGAGAGAGUUUGAGAGAGAGAGAGA